GUGCCCGGUGUGGAGGAUCAGACAGCCCUGUCCCUGGAGGAGUGCCUUAGGCUGCUGGAGGCCACCUUCCCUUUCGGGGAGAACUCAGAGUUUCCAGCUGCGGAUGUCUCCGCCCUGAGCGAAGCCGUGCCCGGCGAGAGCAGGCCCGCGGGCAUCCAGACCAGCCUGCUGUCCCCUCUCCUGGCCGAGACCGAGUCGCCCUUCGAUCUGGAGCAGCAGUGGCAGGACCUCAUGUCCAUCAUGGAGAUGCAGGCUAUGGAAGUGAACAACACGACUGCUGAAACCCUGUACAACGGCACGAGCGGAGACCUGCUGGCGUCUAACUACAGCCUGGCUCCGAACACUCCCAUCAAUCAGAAUGUCAGCCUGCAUCAGGCCUCGCUGGGCAGCUGCUCGCAGGACUUCUCCCUCUUCAGCUCGGAGAUCGAAAGCCCCUCCAUGGCCGGCAGCUCGGCCCUGCUCCAGCUGGCGCCGGACAACUCCACCGGCCUCAACACCCCCUUCGGCUCCACCAACUUGAGCGGCAUCUUCUUCCCUCCGCAGCUGAACGGCACGGUCAACGAGACGGCUGGCCCCGAGCUGCCGGACCCGCUGGGCGGUCUGCUGGACGAAGCCAUGCUGGACGAGAUCAGCUUGAUGGACUUGGCAAUUGAAGAGGGCUUCAACCCAGUGCAGGCAUCGCAGCUGGAAGAGGAGUUCGAUUCUGACUCAGGUCUUUCUCUGGAUUCUGGCCACAGUCCUGCUUCCCUGAGCAGCUCGGAAGCCUCCUCCUCCUCCUCCUCUUCGUCCUCGUCCUCUUCCUCCUCCUCGUUUUCGGAGGAAGGAGCCGUCGGCUACAGCUCAGACUCUGAAAACGUGGACUUUGAAGAAGCGGAAGGGGCGGUUGGAUACCAGCCAGAGUACAGCAAGUUCUGCCGCAUGAGCUACCAGGACCCGUCGCAGCUCCACUACUUGCCUUACCUGGAGCACGUUGGCCACAACCACACCUACAACAUGGCGCCGGGGGCCCUGGAUCCCGAGGAGCCCAAACCGCCCGGCGCGGGGAAGAAGAGCAGCAAGGAGAAGCCGUCCGAGUUCCUGGAUAAGCAGAUGAGCAGGGACGAGCAUCGCGCCAGGGCGAUGAAGAUCCCCUUCACCAACGACAAGAUCAUCAACCUGCCCGUGGAGGAGUUCAACGAGCUCCUCUCCAAGUACCAGCUCAGCGAGGCGCAGCUCAGCCUGAUCCGUGACAUCCGGAGGCGAGGCAAGAACAAGAUGGCCGCCCAGAACUGCCGCAAGAGGAAGCUGGACACCAUCCUCAACUUGGAACGGGACGUCGAGGACUUGCAGCGGGACAAGUCCAAACUGCUCAGGGAGAAGGUGGAGUUCCUCAAAUCCAUCCGCCAGAUGAAGCAAAAGGUGCAGAACCUCUACCAAGAAGUGUUUGGCCGGCUGCGGGACGAGAACGGCCAGCCCUACUCCCCCAGCCAGUACGCCCUGCAGUACGCCAGCGACGGCAGCGUCAUCUUGAUACCCCGCGCCGUGGCCGAGCAGCAGGCCCGGCGGCAGGAGCGGAAGCAGAAGGACCGGAGGAAGUGAAGGGACGGCGACGCGGAGGAGUGGGACACUCGCUCAAGUGAGAACUGGAGAAGGGCUGAGCCUGGAAGGACUUGGAGGGACUUUCAUGCCUUCUUAUCCGAUAUAUCUU